UAAGCCUCUUUGGCCUGUCAAAAGCUGACAUUUGAAAAGCUGCCGGAGAAGAAGUCAUUGUUUGUGUUAAACUUCUCUUCAACUCAUCCAAGGAUUGACUUGUCUGAGACAUUAUGGAUCUAAAGAAGUGUCCUGAUUCUAGAUUGUGGGGCACUGCGGAAGACUCAUUCUGGCCGCAUUCUUGUUCUCUCUGAGCAAAAUCAGAUUAUUGUAAUGGCUGGUUGCCUGGUUCAAGGCUAAGUUACUGGAUCCCGGUGAAACUUUGAAAAUAAAGCUACCCUGCUGUUUCAAGUGCUCAUGGAUGCGUUACAGGCUGUUGCUUCUGCAACAGAGAUAAUAUCCAAUAUGGUCGGGGCUGUUGGUGCACUAGAACAAGCCUCUGGAAAUCUUGAUGAAGCUCCAAAGAGAAUCCGAAGCCUAGAAGAAUUUGUGUGCGAUCUUGAGAAUUUGACGAAACGAAUGAGGCAAAAACAUGCCGACAAGCUUCAUAAUGCCCAGUUAGAUUACCAAAUUCAAAGUUUGCAUGCCCUGAUAGAAAGGCUGCGCCCAAAUAUCAGCAAGGUGAGAACAAUUGUAUCACAAAGUAAAACUAAGAACUUGGCUAAAGUAUUUUGGAUUUCGAUGGCUGGAGAUCCACUUGGAAAACUGACACAUUCAAUUAAAGAUGACUUAAAUUGGUGGCUUGAAACCCAAAUGUUGGCCCAAAAUGUAGAGAAAGUAAUAGAAUCAACAGCACAAGACAUCCCAGUUCGACUGAAAAUAAAGACUGAUCACGGCUUCCCAAUUUCUAGCAAAUGUAACUUUGUGAGGGAUCUACUUGAACAGGAGGAUUCCCAUCAAGUCAUUCUAAUCGUGGGGUUAUCCGGUAUUGGAAAGUCCUGUUUAGCUCGUCAAGUAGCUUCUGAUCCACCAAAAAAAUUUGUGGGUGGAGCGGUUGAACUUGGGUUUGGGCAAUGGUGUAGUCGAGCUGCUUGCAAUGGCAGUAAGGCUGAAUAUCAGAAGCGUUUGGCAAGGAAAAUUAGUAAAUUCCUGGUGCAGAUUGGAUUUUGGAAAAAAAUUAAAGAGAACAGUGGAGAUCUUGAUUACGUUUGUUGCUUGCUUCAAGAAGCCCUGUAUGGGAAAAGCAUUUUAAUCCUUCUUGAUGAUGUUUGGGAGCAGGACAUAGUUCAGCGGUUUGCUAAACUGUACGAUAAUGAUUGUAAGUACUUAGUUACAACAAGAAAUGAAGCUGUUUAUGAAAUUACAGAAGCUGAAAAGGUAGAGCUAAGCAAGGAUCAAAUAAAAGAGAUAAGCAAGAAAAUCCUUCUCUACCAUAGCCUCCUCAGCGAAGAAGAGCUUCCGGGCAUAGCAGAGAGCUUACUUGAGCGAUGUGGCCACCACCCUCUAACUGUUGCUGUUAUGGGAAAAGCUCUCAGGAAAGAAGUCAGAGCUGAGAAAUGGGAGAAGGCAAUAACCAACCUAUCAACAUUUGCUACGUGUGCACCAGGUCCUGUCUCAUAUGUGAAUGAGAAAGAUGCUGAGGACACAUUAACCAUUUUUGGUUCGUUUGAUUUCAGUUUAGAAGCAAUGCCUGUAGACUCAAAGAGGCUCUUCAUUGCUCUUGCUGCUCUUUCAUGGGCAGGACCUGUACCAGAAGCAUGUGUAGAGGCUGUAUGGGCAUUUCUUGGGGCAGGAGAGCUUGUUUUCUCUCAUUGUCUGCAAGCUUGUCGAAGGGUCUUUAUUGAUGAAAGUAGACAUGGAUCCUUUGUACCAAGUACAUGACAUGGUUUCAUUGUACCUUGA